AUGAGCGUCGCCGACGAUGCCGAUGACGGCGUAAAAGAUGUAAAAAAGAAAAAGAAAAAGAUGGGCAAGAAAGAGCGGAUGAAAUUGAAAGCGAAACAGCUCGUGGAAGAGCGAGGCAUGAGCGAAGCGGACGCGAGAAAAGAGGCCGGACUGAAUCCAAUUCCAAUUCCGACGAAAGAGGAGAAGAAGAAGAAGAAGAACGCCGUCGCGAGUGGUGGCAACAAUAAUAACAACAACAUAAACGGACCAUCGCCGGCGCUGUUAACGGCCAACAUUAAAAAUGCGAAGAGUUUGCGCGAAAUGUUCGAGCUCACGCGAAAACACUGGAAGCGGUUCAACCACAUUCACUUGUCGGCGUUUUGGAAUUUAUUGGGAAGAAUCACCACCAGCGCGAGUAGUUUUAGUAGCGAUUGGCAAAGCGAGCACGAAGAUGGGUUAGCGUUACUGGUCGAGCGCACGAGAGAUGUUAUAGCAAGCGACUCUUCUGGCAUACGAGGAAGAGAAUUGGCGAAUAUCGCGCACGGCGUCGCGAAAUGUGGCGUCGGCGCUCGCGACGAGAACGGGCUGGUGAAGCAGUUAGCGGAAGCUAUCGGGAGGCAUUUGGCGGAGUGUAACGGUCAAGAAAUAGCAAACAUAGCGUGGGCGUUUGCAAAAAGCGGAUAUUUUGACCCGGGAAUGUUUGCGAACUUGGCGGAAAUGGCGGAGAAACAGAUGGACAGAUUCAACUCGCAAGAGAUUACGAACGUAUUUUGGGCGUUCGCCACGGCGGAGUGCGACAACGCAAAAUUGUUCAAGGCGUUAGCAAAAGCUAUCGAUGGUCAAUUGCACGGUUUCAACUCGCAAGGAUUAUCGAACACGGCAUGGGCUUUAUCAAAGAUUGGAUACGUUGACGCUACUUUGUUCCGAACAAUCGCGCAGACGGCCCAGAAAAAUAUGGAUCGUUUCAACGCGCAAGAUUUCUCAAAUUUGUGUUGGGCGUUUGCGAAAGCCGGGCAGUACGACGCCGAGUUGUUUACUACUUUAGCAAAGAACGCGGAAAGACACAUGGGAAACUUGAACGCGCAAGGUUUGUCGAAUUCAGUGUGGUCGUUUGCCAAAGCUGGACAUUUGAACGCAGAGCUUUUCACCACUUUUGGUAAAAACAUCGAGCGUAAAAUGUUUGCAAACAACGGAACGGAUUUCAACGCACAAGAUAUCGCAAAUAUAGCAUGGGCGUACGGGAAAGCGUGUCACUUAGACGACGCGCUGUUUACUGUCCUAGCUCGAAUGGCAGAAAAAUACUUGCACGAUUUUAACACGCAAGAUAUCGUAAACUUGACCUGGUCGUUUUCGAAAUUAGGUAGGUUUGAUGUGGAGUUGUUGGAAGCGGUGAAAGUGUCGCUCUUAAAAUCGCGCUUGGACGAUUUAGAUGCACCGAAUAUAGCAAAUCUAGCGUGGACGUACGAUAAGGCUGGUAAGUUGGACGAUAAUUUAGUAUCGUCGUUAGCGCGAGCGGCGGUGAAACGCGUGAAUGAGUUUACCGCGACGGAUAUUACGAACGUGGCGUGGACGUUUGCAAACGCCGGCAAGGUGGACGACGAAUUAUUUAGCUCCAUGGCGAAAGUGGUGGAACGAAUUAUGGACGAUUUCGGUGAAGAAGAUUUAGAUAACUUAGAGUGGGCGUUUCAAAAAGCCAAUCAAACGGCAGUUGUGAAACAAUUGAAACAACAAAGGCGAAUGUCUUCGGCCACCAACGACGUUUACGACGCAAACGUAGACGUAUCCGAGUGCGGUCGUAUCAUCGUCGCCGGCGGCGGCAUCGGCGGCGCGGCUUUAGCAGUGUCGCUUCAAAAGAAAGGAUUCGAUGUUGUCGUCUUGGAAUCGGAUGCGAGUUUUGAUUCCAGGGCUCAAGGGUACGGUCUCACGGUGCAAGCGACGGAUGCAAUGCAAGCGAUGGGCGUCGAUAUCUCUGGAGAUGAUGCACCGUCCACUUCGCACUAUACGUUCUCGCAGCAAGGCGAAAUCAUCGGGUUCUUUGGCGAGGCGUUUGGUGUCAAGAGCAAGGACAGGCAAGAAGUCCAAAACUCGGGUCGAUUCAUUCACAUACCGAGGCAGGUACUUCGCCAACGAAUUCUCGAAGCCGUGCGUCCGGAUACGAUUCGGUGGAAUAGCAAGUUAAAAAGUUACGACGAUAGCGACAAAGAUAAAGUCACCGUGACUCUCAUCGACGAUACGAAAAUUGAAGGCGCUCUAUUAAUCGGCUCGGAUGGUAUUUUCUCCACCGUCCGGCGUCAGUUGGAAUUACCGGGAGACCGAUUAAACUACGUCGGUUUGUGUGUAGUCUUAGGUAUUGUUAACGACGAGAUACUGAAAAUCCCGUUGGCGAAGCGUCGUAUCUUUGAAACCGUAGACGGGACCACGCGGAUUUACGCCAUGCCAUUCACGAAAAAUUCAACGAUGUGGCAGCUCUCGUUCCCGUGCUCAGAAGAUACGGCGAGAAAGUACACAAGAGAUGCAAGCACGUUGAAGGCUGAAAUCUCCAGACGAUGCGGGAAUUGGCACGAUCCCAUUCCAGAGAUGCUGACAAAAACUCCGCUAAAUUGCAUGAGCGGCUACCCUGUCUACGACCGCGAGUUGUUAGAAACUGACGUCCUUCGUCCGAAAGCGAGCAUUUCUCGUCGCGUAACAAUCAUUGGUGAUGCGGCGCAUCCGAUGACGCCAUUCAAAGCGCAAGGUGCGAAUCAGGCCAUCAGUGACGCGGUCUUAUUCGCUGAUACGCUCAUCGAAGGUGUAGGAAAACACGGCUCCGUGAACGGUUUCAACUACGCUCUUCCACUUUUCGAAAAGAAAAUGUUGAGUCGAUCUUCUCGAGCCGUUCUUGGAUCGCGCGAAAAGGCAAAGGAAAUGCACAGCAAUUUGGCGUUACAACCGGCUCGGAAAGCGCAAAGAGAGGCUGAGUUUGAUUUACGCACAGUCCUCCGGUCUUUAAAAGAGAAACAGAUUACCGCUUCGCGAGCGACGGAUAAGGAAGGUUUGGACGCGCUCGUGUUAGCCGUGUGCGGUGGUGGUCGACCACCUUCCAUGGCGAACGGUAACGGUGAAGGUAGUACGCACACCAAUAUUGUCGAUUUCCAAGGCACAAAAGUUCGAUUUAAUGACGACGACGAAGAACAAAAGAACAAAAUCGACAGAACUAAAAAGCGCAAGAAAGCCGAAAAGAAGGAAAAGAAGGAAAAGAAGGAAAAGAAGAAGAGCAAAAAGCAAAAGAAAUAA